AUGAUCAGGCGACUUUUGUUCAAAUCCCAGUACAGGUUCAAUAGCGGACUAUCGGCAGGGCGAUCAUCGGGGUCUACAAGCAGGGCAUUUCAAGGAUUCGGAAGUUUUGAUUACGAGGGGCUCAACAAAAAGAAUAAUAGCUCAACAACUCCAUAUUCAGAUAAGUAUUAUCAGCCCAUCAUAAGUGAAGGCUUUCUAGGGUUUGAUAAAUUAAUUAUCCCAAAAGAUUUUAGAGCCAGCAAUCAAGAAGUAGAUAUUAUAGAUGAGGAGGGGCACCGACAGCAGCACGAGUUAACAGAAGUGGUCAAUUCUUUCAAGGCACCUAUAAAGGUAGCUAUAGGCUAUGGUUCAGGUGUUUUCCCUCAAGACGGAUAUGAAGAUCCGAAAAAAGAUGGAAAGCGUUCCGACGAAAGACAAAUCGAUUUCAUAAACAUAGUCGAAGACAACGACUCUUUCCAUCGCAUAAAUCUUCAACAGCAUACCGAUCAUUACUCAGUCAAGAGUCCUUAUUUGAUAAAACUUAUCCAGGGGAGCACUGGUAUUUAUUUCAAUCCCUUUGUUCGCAUGCGUCAACAAUUGAUCAAAUAUGGAAUCAUAUCAACUAAUGCAAGUUUACUUGACUUGAGUGAAUGGUCCUCCCUAUACUUUGCCGGACGUUUGCACAAGCCUGUAAACUUUGUUAAAGAUGAGGAACCAAUGGUUAAGUUCUUGAAUCAAUACAAUUUGAAAAAUGCAGUGACUCUUUCGAUCUUGUUAAUCGAAAGCCCUCAGUUCACUGAGCGUCAGUUGUACGAACAGAUUACAAAGAUUUCAUACCUGGGGGACUUCCGCAUGUACAUAGGUGGUGAGAACCCAAACAAAGUUCGCAAUAUUGUUAACAAGCAAUUUUUGCAGUUCAUGAGACUUUACGAGCCAAUAUUGCAGUACUUCAUCCAUAAAAACUGUCUCAUUAUUGUUGACAGUGAUGAAAUGAACAACAAUAUGAAGACUUUCCGGAAAAACUUGACGAUUAACAACAAGAUAAAGCUCAUCAGUACACUUCCAUUGCAGUUUCGCUCGAAAUUGUACCAAAUGUAUCAUGAGAAGUCAAUCAAAGAAAUUGUGAAAGACAAGAACCUUUCCAAAAACUUGAUGAAGAUUGUGAGUCGCACGAUUCAAAUCUCUUCAGUUAAGCAAACCAUACGUGGCAUCUUCAGUUCCGGGAUUAUCAAAUCGAUCAAGUACGCGUUCGCCAAACAGGUCAAGUUUUGGCGCGGAAAGAUGCUUGAGAAGAAGUCUCAUACUCUUUAG